GGAGGCUGCUGCGCAGUAACUCUCGCGGUAUUUGCGCCGCCCGUCGGCGGGAGCCGCCGCUGGUUCCUGGCGGGCGCUUUUAGCUUCUGUAGUCACCCUCCCUGCUGUGUGGCCAGCGGCCCGGCCGAACAUCAUGACGUCCGCCUUGGAGAACUACAUCAACCGAACUGUUGCUGUCAUUACUUCUGAUGGGAGAAUGAUUGUGGGAACCCUGAAAGGCUUUGACCAGACCAUUAAUUUGAUUUUGGAUGAAAGCCAUGAACGAGUGUUCAGUUCCUCACAGGGAGUAGAACAAGUGGUACUAGGGUUAUACAUCGUAAGAGGAGACAAUGUGGCAGUCAUUGGAGAGAUUGAUGAAGAGACAGAUUCGGCACUUGAUUUGGGAAAUAUUCGAGCAGAACCUCUGAAUUCUGUGGCACACUGAGAAAAAACUACAUAUGAUGGACAUCUGUAAAUCUUUGUACAGAAACUGAUUAUUCUGAGGAUACUGUGCAGAAUUUUUUAUGAAUGUGUCCUUGUGGAUUUUGACUCCAUUUUGAUUCAUUGUAAUAUGAUAUGUAAAUUAAAAUAUUUCUACAUUUUCAUGAAAAACUGUUUUUGGUCUAAAUCAUACAUUUGCUAGCUUGGUUUUAUUUUUUGAUUGAAUAGUGUAAAAAUCUAAUUAUUUUGAGAAGUUUUAGAAAAGAUAUAUUUUAAUACUUGUGGAAAACUAGUUGGAAAGAGAAAUUCAUGUACUAUUUAAAUUAAACAUACAAAUACCAAUAGUGCAGGAUACGUAUGUUUCUUUCCUUUUUUUGUUUUCUUUUUGGCAGCCACACUUGUUAUAUGGAGGUUCCCAGGCUAGGGGUCUAAUCAGAGCUGCAGCUGAGGCCACAGCCACAGCAAUGCAGGAUCCGUAACCUGCUGAGCGAUGUCAGGGAUAAAACCCACAUCCUCACAGAGACAGUGUUGGGUACUUAACCUCUGAGCCACAAUAGGAACUCCAUCUUUCCCUGAUUUUUAAGAAAGUUAUAAGAUGGUAAGUCUUGUCUCCUGUAGUUAUCUAAACCAUUCCUGUUUAUCAUAUUGCCCUGGCAGUUGCUCCCUAGCACUUUGUAAGUGUGGUUUACUAAAAAGUGUGUUUGGUUGAGAAAAGGAAAAAUGCUAACAAAGUUGUCUAUUAUCUGAAAAAAACUAUUGAUUGCACACAAUCUUAAAAGUCAUCUUAGCUUUUAAUUUUAAGAAUUGGGGAAUUUCUAGUAGUAAAGGAGUGUUCUAUUGUUUUUAAAUGUGAGUAAAUAAACCUUAAGUUUAUAUUGAGGCAGUGCUUGCUAUUAUUGUCAACAGCUUUCCAUGACUCCCUAGUUCCAUGAACCCAAUUUCAAAAGAAGUAAACAUGUUUUCUUCAAGCA